AUGUCCGACGCGCAGCCGCAGUCGGCGCUUCGCGCUCAGGGCACUCCCCAGAACCCGUAUUCCUCAGCUAGCCGCUGGCGUCAUCAAGAGUCCUCCUCCUUUGCCCGCCACGCCGUUUCCCACGAGCAUCCAGAUGCCACCGCCGCGCAGGCGCACAUUGACGCUGCUGCGCCCCAGGGUCUCAACGGCGACAGUCCCGUCUCCAGCGCCGACGCCGGCGAGGUCGUUUGCGGGCCUCUGCUCAACUACUGCCACAUGCAGGACGGCCAUUGGGAAGGCAGCGUGCUCGUUGUCCUCAACGGCGGCGGCAAGGAGCAGGCUUCGGUGCCGACGCUGCGCCUGCAGCGAGUCGGCGCCCGUGGUGAAGAUGUCGCGCAAGCGUCCGGCGAGUCAGCGCAGCAGAUCCAAGGCUUUCGACUCUACUCUGACCCGCGCAACACGUUCUGGCGUUUCGACCUUCGCGUGCCCAUGGAGCUUUUCGAGAUUCAAUAUGCUUACGAGCUUCCGGGUUUGCGAUUCUCCAGCGCCGACAAACCCCCAGUCAACCACUUCUCCAUCCCGGCCGCCGGCGAGUCCAUGCGCAUCAUGUUUCACUCGUGCAACGGCUUCAGCGUCGGCACCGACGAAGAGGCUUACAGCGGCACGCCUCUCUGGAAGGACGUCUUGCGCAAGCACGACGUGGCCCCAUUCCACGUCAUGCUCGGUGGCGGCGACCAGAUUUAUAACGACGGCAUUCGAGUCGGCGGCCCGCUGCGCCCUUGGACUGACAUCUCGAAUCCUAAAAAGAGACGGGAGUUUCCCUUUUCCGAAAAGCUACGAGCCGAGUGCGACGACUACUAUCUCCACAAUUACCUUCGCUGGUAUAAUACUGCGCCCUUUGCCAUAGCCAAUGGGCAGAUUCCCCAGGUCAACAUCUGGGACGAUCAUGAUAUCAUCGACGGUUUCGGAUCCUACGUUAGCGACUUCAUGACCUGCGAUGUAUUCCGCGGCAUUGGUGGUACCGCGCACAAGUACUACAUGCUCUUCCAGCACCACCUAGCGCCGCCGGCCUCGACAUAUACAUCCGACUUUCACGGCGAGGGGGCUGAUCCGGCGCAGCUUGUGAACACAUUCGUCGCCGAGCAGAGACCCGGUUCGCAGUACAUCAUCGGCGCCAAGCCUGGUCCGUACGUUGCCGAACGAUCAUUCAACAUGUAUGCGCGCCUCGGCGCACGCAUGGCCAUGCUCGGUAUAGAUGCGCGAACAGAGCGUACGCGCCACCAGGUCAACUAUCCCGAGACGUACAAGCUGUUGUACCAGCGCCUUCGCGAUGAGCUGCAGGCUGCCGCCGACUCGGAGCAGCCCAUCCAACAUCUUAUUCUGUUGCUGGGUAUUCCCAUUGCGUAUCCGCGUCUCACCUGGUUGGAAAACAUCCUUCGAAGCCCGAUCAUUGGGCCUAUCAAGUUUCUGAGUCGCCGCUUCGGAAUCGGUGGUGGUCUGUUCAAUCACUUCGACGGCAGCGUUGAUCUUCUCGACGAUCUCGACGACCACUACACUGCCAAGACACACAAGGUUGAGCGCCGGGAGCUCAUUGAGAGCAUGCAACAAAUUGCCGCGGAAUACAAUGUUCGCGUGACAAUUCUCGGCGGCGAUGUACAUCUGGCGGCGCUCGGUCGCUUCUACUCGAACCCCAAGCUCAAGAUCCCGGUCGAGGAAGACCACCGAUACAUGGCCAACGUUGUAUCGUCGGCCAUUGUAAACAAGCCUCCGCCGCAGGCGGUUGCCAACUUGCUUGCGCGGCGCAACAAGAUACACCAUCUGGACGCGCACACGGACGAGACCAUGCUGGACCUCUUCGACAGGGAUCCCGGCAGCACACCCAAGACGGCCAAUCACAACAAGUGCACCAUGCCCAGCCGCAACUUUGCCAUGAUUACGGAAAAUUCGCCCAACAACCAGGCGCCGCUAACCAACGGCGAGACGGAGACGAAGAGCUUUGCUGGCAAGGACGGCCACGCGCAGAUGCACAAGGGCGAGGUCGGAGCCGGGACGGAGCACAAGGCGGCGAGCGACGCGUUUGGCCAGGGCAACGACGGCAGCCUGGACAUUCGCAUCAAUGUCGAAAAGGAUCAGCAUGACGCCGAGGGUCCCACGCAGGCGUACGGUCUGACGGUGCCGGUAUUGCGCAAAGGGGCCGGUAAUGUACCCCGGUCAUAA